AUGUCGGACGAAGAGCACCACUUUGAGUCGAAGGCCGAUGCUGGGGCCUCCAAAACCUUCCCACAGCAAGCUGGAACUAUCCGCAAGAAUGGUUACAUGCCCUGCAAGGUUGUAGAGGUCUCCACUUCAAAAACUGGGAAGCAUGGGCAUGCAAAGUGUCACUUCGUGGGAAUUGAUAUAUUUAGUGGCAAGAAGCUUGAAGAUAUUGUUCCUUCAUCCCACAACUGUGAU